AUGCUCGAGAUUUUCAAGAUUUCCGAAUACGAGGAUCUUUAUGCCAAGGCCUUACAUUACCUCCGAUACAAAGUACAUAAUAGGGCGGGAUCCGUGGUUCCCCAUGGCACCAUACAUAUGCGCGCUGUACCCCAGACUCGGUCUGCUGGCCAAGCCUUUCCCCACAGCCCGAAACCUUCCGUUCUCAACUCCCACGAGAUCACGACACGGCCAUGUUCUGUUCAAAGUCUUCACGCAUUUGAAUCUCACGGCACUCCUAAAAGCUCUUCGGUAGCAGCGACACACCGGCAAUAUGCCUCCCGAGGAUGGCAGCGCUGCGCCGCCGAGGAAAGUCCGCUCGGCAUGCCGCCGAUGCCGCCAGAAACGAGCCAAAGUGAAUAUCCCCAACCAUCACACUAUGGAGAAGUUGCUGACCAUGUUGUGAGUGUGAUGGUGGAAUUCCCGCCUGCAGUAACUGUGCCCGGGCAAAAGUUCCAUGUAUUGAUGUUCACACGGGUAAUAAUGAUUUGUCCAUUCCUAGAGACCACUCUUUGCCCUGACUUUGAUCUGUCGAAAGGGCCUCAGGUGAAUGUGGAUUCUGUUGAAACGCUCAAUACGUCCCAGGAUGGUCCGAGUGUCGCUCCGAGAGCCUCUGCUACACAAAGGGACACUUCAGAACCGAGCUUUCAGGAGCCUUCAAACGAGCCUGUCACGAAUAAACGCUCUCACUCCGCUAUAGAGUCAGAAGCAGACUCCCCGCUUUCUGCUAAGGCACGAUCUGUGGCGAUUGACCUCGGCAUGCUUUCACUGCAGUCAGAUUCGCGCCAGAAACAUUACCUGGGAUCUUCCUCAGGAUUGCUUUUUGCCAAGCUGAUGGGUCUUGACAAUGAGCCGCAAUCGCAGCAAACCGCAACCCAAGCACGUCGACUGACCCCCCGGCGCAUAUCCGACGAGAUAUAUCAGUCUCUCUAUAACAAACUGAGAAAGGAACUGCCACCUCCAGAAGAGGCAUGCCUUCUACUUGAAGUGUAUUUCGAGAAUAUUCAUAUAGAUCAUCCAUUUCUCCACCCCGCAUCAUUGGUCAACGCGUAUCAUGCAUUGUAUGUGUGUGCUCAAGCAGGAUAUAAUGGAUCUGUUGAUCAGAAUGGUUGGAUUGAUGCUGUCCAGCCUUUUGGCUACAAUGGGAAAAUUGAUACAGUCGCCGGUCGCGAAAGCACUCCAAUCUCUUUUGCUACCACUAUAUUCCAUGUUUUCAUGGUCUUCUCAUUGUCUGCAACUGUCCUGACCAGGAAGAAAAAUUACGAUCACUCUCCCGCUCGCUUUCAUCGUAUGGCGAUGUGUACGGCAUCGGAAACAUUCUCCGGAAUUUCCGUGCCGUCUUUGCAGGCCGUGUUACUGCUGGCUGUCCAAAGCCUCAUUGAACCAGCUGGCAUGAAUAUCUGGACGUUGGUUUAUAUCGCCAUGUCUCACUGUAUAGACCUCGGACUACAAAGAGAACCGCCCGACUCCGGCAUGCCAAGCUGCGCAAGAAGUAUUUUGAGAUUCAUCUUCUACACCGUGUAUUCCAUGGACCGAUCGAUUGCCACUAUCCAGGGACGCCCACUUGGAAUCCGAGAUGAAGCAUUUGAUAUUCGACCCCCCGACGAGACAGAUAUCGCGAAAAUGAUGACAAUGGCGGAAGGGGACUUGGUCAUCAAGCUGCCAGCAUCACGACUUUUCGAGCUUUCAAUUUCAAGGUUUCGACUAGAACAACACAUCUCAGAGAUUAAGCUUCUCCUCUACCAUUUGCCGACCCGCACCCAUAGCUUUGUUUGGCCAACAAAUCUCACCGAAAUACAAACAAGAAUCAAGUUCGAUCUCGAUGACUGGCUUCAAGGGGUUCAACAGAUAGUUGCAUCGAACGACAUGGACGAAGAAGACAUGUCCAGUUUUCAAUUUCAAAAAUUGAAACACGAGCAGCUAUACCAUUCAGCUGUUUGCCUGCUUUUCCAACCAUCGCAAUCAUUCCCCUCUCCCAGCCAGGAGGCAUUGAGAAUUUGCUAUGAGAGCUGCAGCAAGCGUUUGCAAAUCUAUGACGCGGUUAGCAACCAAGAGAUGCUUUAUUAUAAUUGGCGCAAUAUUCACGGGAUUUUCUCCUCGGGGGCAACAAUUGUCUACUGUGCCUGGGCCUCCCGAGACUUGCAACGCAACAUACCAUUUGCAAAGCUACUUCGUGAUUUGCGCACAUGUUCUAACCACCUCAGUAUUGGAAGCCAAUGGUGGCCUUCAGUGCGCAGUGGCAAGGAAAGCUUCGAGAUGAUGAUCGAUUUAAUCAUCAAAUAUUUCAGUGACCUGCAGGUUCAAAUCCAAGAUACACGUACCUCUUCCGAGAGGCAAAGACAACCCACUAGCUCCCAGGCUGGAACUCUAAAACCGCCAACGUCUUAUAGUAGUGUUUAUGCUGUGGAAAAGGAGCCGGCAGGUCGAGGUAUUGCCCACGGUGAUGAGGGGCACCCUGGGCCUGAUCAUUUUGACUUUGUCAAUCAGGACCCAUCAUUUGGGAUAAUGAAUAAUGCUCAGCCAUCACUCGACAACAUGGAUCUGUCAAUUUCCGUGGACACCUUGGAAGACUUUGACCCCCCAACAAUUGAAGCUGCGAUGGAGAAUUUCAUGGCAGAUUAUUUACACGAAGAUUGGGGCUGGGAUCCAUUCUCAAACACCACAGGGCCUUUUGACUUUCAAGGGAAUGGAACCCUGUAG